AUGGCCAAUUCAUCAUCAACUCAACCGGAAACAUAUGGUGAUCAACAAAAUCAAACAGAUAAAAUAUCAAAAAAUGCUGAUGAAAUUCAAUCAAGCAAUCUUUCUCCAUGCCUGACUCCACCACCAUCAAUUCCAAAAUUUGGUGCUUCCUCUAGAUCACAUGGCUCACCGGCUUCAAAUAAAGACUCACGAUCUCUAGCAUCAAGUGCACGACCAUUUGAAGUAUUUGCUGUUACAGCAACAAAUUUCGAUGCCAAAGGUGGAACAAUGGCAAAACCAGGUGAUAGUAGUUCGUCAUGGACAACUGACAAACCAUAA